GUCAAAUUUUUGUUUUUGUGUUUUUUAAGGUUACAAUCAGAAAUCGUCAACUUUUCAAAAACUUUAAUCCAAAGAAAGAAAAAUGCCUAUUAUGGAUGUGAAAGCGGCGGAAUCGAUGGAAAUAGUAUUUCAUGAUGAUGAUCUACCUUAUGAAGAAGAAAUUCUUCGAAAUCCAUACUCUGUGAAACAUUGGUUGAGGUAUAUAGAACACAAGAAGUCUGCUCCAAAAUAUGGUGUCAACAUAAUAUAUGAGAGAGCUCUAAAAGAGCUACCAGGGUCAUACAAGCUUUGGUACUAUUAUUUAAGAACAAGACGAAAACAAAUCAAGAAUAGAUGUCUAACAGACCCUGGCUUUGAGGAGGUGAAUAAUGCUUUUGAAAGGUCACUAGUUUUCAUGCACAAAAUGCCUAGAAUUUGGAUGGAUUACUGUACAUUCCUCACAGAUCAGUGUAAAAUUACUCGCACAAGAAAAGUAUUUGACAGAGCUCUCAGGGCAUUGCCAGUCACACAGCACAAUAGAAUAUGGCCUCUCUACCUCAAGUUUGUAAGAAAACAUGAUCUUCCUGAGACAGCAGUCAGAGUUUUCAGGCGGUACCUAAAGUUGUGUCCUGAAAAUGCUGAGGAGUAUGUAGAUUACUUAUCAGAAAUGGAGAGGCUUGAUGAAGCUGCUCAGGUUAUGGCAAAGAUAGUUAAUGAUGAGAAUUUUGUGUCACAACAGGGUAAAUCUAAACAUCAACUGUGGAAUGAACUUUGUGAACUGAUCUCAAAAAAUCCUGAAAAAGUGCAUUCCCUAAAUGUGGAUGCAAUAAUUAGAGGUGGCCUCAGAAGGUAUACUGAUCAACUUGGACACCUCUGGAACUCCUUGGCCAACUAUUAUGUACGUAGUGGCCUAUUUGAAAGGGCAAGAGAUAUUUAUGAAGAAGCCAUUCAAACUGUUACUACUGUGAGAGAUUUCACUCAAGUUUUUGAUGCAUAUGCUCAAUUUGAAGAGUUGAGCAUGAGCAAAAGGAUGGAGGAAGUUGCCAGCAAAGCUAAUCCCACUGAAGAUGAUGAUACUGAGCUAGAGCUGAGGUUAGCCAGAUUUGAAUAUCUUAUGGAAAGAAGGUUGUUACUGCUAAAUUCUGUUCUAUUAAGGCAAAAUCCUCAUAAUGUACAAGAGUGGCAUAAAAGAGUACAGCUUUAUGAAGGAAACCCUUUUGAUAUCAUCAACACUUACACUGAGGCUGUCCAAACAGUGGAACCCAAGCAAGCAGUGGGAAAACUUCAUACUCUGUGGGUGGAUUUUGCAAAAUUCUACGAGAAAAACGGCCAAAUCGAAGAUGCCCGUCUGAUUUUUGAUAAAGCCACUCAAGUUUCAUAUGUCAAAGUAGAUGAUCUGGCCACAGUUUGGUGUGAGUGGGCAGAGAUGGAACUGAGAAAUGAAAAUUAUGAGGAAACUCUGAGACUUAUGCACAAAGCUACAGUCAUGCCUAGUAGAAAAGUUGCCUACCAUGAUGAUUCAGAGACAGUGCAAAGCCGUGUCUAUAAAUCCUUGAAGGUUUGGUCUAUGUAUGCAGAUUUGGAAGAGAGUUUUGGAACCUUCAAGUCCUGCAAAGCCAUUUAUGACCGCAUUAUUGAUCUGAAAAUUGCCACCCCUCAGAUCAUCAUCAACUAUGGUGUGUUUUUGGAAGAAAACAACUACUUUGAAGAAGCAUUCAGGGCAUAUGAAAAAGGUAUCGCCCUCUUCAAGUGGCCUAACGUUUACGACAUCUGGAACACAUACCUGACAAAAUUCUUGAAACGUUAUGGCGGCACCAAACUCGAGAGGGCUCGCGACCUGUUCGAGCAAUGCCUAGAUGGCUGCCCCUCUCAGUUCGCCAAGAACCUCUACCUCCUCUACGCCAGACUGGAGGAGGACUUCGGCAUGGCCAGACACGCCAUGGCGGUAUACGAGAGAGCGACCAAGGCGGUGCCCGAACAGGAGAUGUUCGACGUUUUCAACAUUUACAUCAAGCGGGCCGCCGAGAUCUACGGGAUUCCCAAGACGCGUCAGAUUUACGAGAAGGCCAUCGAGGUGUUGCCGGAGGACAGGACUAGGGAGAUGUGCGUUCGGUUCGCCGACAUGGAGACCAAAUUAGGAGAAAUCGACAGAGCUCGAGCAAUCUAUGCUCAUUGCAGUCAGAUCUGCGAUCCUCGCAUAACCUCCGAAUUUUGGCAAAUAUGGAAAGAGUUCGAAGUUCGUCAUGGAAACGAGGACACCAUGCGAGAGAUGCUGCGCAUCAAACGCAGUGUACAGGCCAUGUACAACACGCAGGUGAACAUGAUGUCGGUGCAAAUGAUGAGUUCCGCGAACUCCGGCUCCGGCACGGUGGCCGACCUGGCUCCGGGCGCCAAGGACGGCAUGCGGCUGCUGGAGGCGAAGGCGGUCGAGAUGGCGGGAGCGGGCAAGCAGGGGGUGGGGGCGGGCAAUAUCAUGUUCGUGCGCGGCGAGACGCAGGGCGACAACAAGGACAAGGUGGUCAAUCCGGAUGAGAUCGAUAUCGGCAGCGAUGAGGAGGAGGACGAGGAGGAAGAGGUGCCUGUGGAGAAGCAGAGCGUACCCUCAGAGGUGUUUGGGAGUUUGAAGAAGAAAGGAGACCAGGAAAUGGAGGACGAGUGAAUAAAAUAAUUAUUUUGAUACAAUACAGGUUAAGCAUUUCAGAGGAUGUAAAUAUAUUACAAUAAAUUGAAAUAACAAGAGCAAAGAACCAUUUUGAAAAAGUCAUAUUGCCUACAAAUCUGUUUCCCUGUAGAUGAAAGAUACUAUAAUAUUAAGCUAAAAAUUAAAAAAAAGGUUAGUUC